AUUGGCAUGUGAAACUUUGUCUUUUCUUUCCAAGCUUUUCUUUUAUCUUUUUCCUUAACUCUAAUUUUCACUAUCUGUGCAGGAGCAGCUGAAUUCAAAGUUAAGUUCCCGUCUCAACAAUUCCUAGAGCUGUCGUUAAAUUCUAGCUCCUUCACCUCCAUUCUUUUCUUCUUAGUAUCAAGGGAGCUAGUCCUAGUCGUCACAUCACAUCACAUCACUUCUACUUACUAUCCUACCCGCAUAAGGCUGUCUUGCUGUCUUGAUAAUUUUUGAUUUUCAGCUCCAAGUCUACUCCACACUCGUUAAAUGACUUCUAUAUCUUGUCUAAUAUCAUUCUACCACUCACUCACUUAACAACAAACACCAAUUCUUCAUUUUGGUGUACAAAUCUACGGCAUCAUUCAAGCAGUUCUACAACUACACUUCGCAGCCAUGUCAGGAUUUACAGAAGCGCAAGAUGCCCAGCAAUCCGCCAACAAAAGCGAAUUCGGCCAUCUCAACCUUUCAAUCGUUGGAUUGGGAGUUGAAUACCCUCCAUUCUUACUGGAACCAUCAGCAUUAGAUAUCUUAACCAAACGUCACUAUCCUGACUCCCCAGCGCAAGUCUUCUCUGUCCUCCAACCUAGAUUCCAUGAUCCCGAAUACCGCAUACUAACACACAGUCUCUUUAGAAUGAAGAAAGUAUGCACAAUCAACAACUUCACCGGCAUUGAAACCCGCUCCGCAAUCGGUACGGUCGACCACCCCAUGGCCAACAUGGACCGCGCUCCCACAAUCACCGAACUCUGCUCCAUAUUCCUAAAAGAUGGUGUUGCCCUCGCCGUAACCGCAUGUCGCAAAGCUCUCCAUGAAGCGCAUCUCCAACCUUCAGACAUUACCCACGUAGUGAGUACAACUUGUACCAAUAGUGCCAAUCCAGGGUACGACCAUUUCGUCUGCAAAGCCUUGGGAAUAACUCAACCUGUUGAAAAAGUUCUACUUCAUGGCAUUGGAUGUAGCGGUGGUCUAGCGAGUUUGAGAACUGCAGCGAAUUUGGCAUUGGGACAUAGUUUUCGAGGGAAGAAGGCAAGAGUUUUAGUUAUGGCGUUGGAAAUUAGUUCAUUGCUAGUGAGGAGUGAGUUGGAUAGUGUGCAUGAGUUACAGGAGACGAGAAUUGGUGUUACGCUUUUUAGCGAUUGUGCGAGUGCGUGUGUACUUAGUAAUGGUAUUGGUGGGACGGGAGAGGAGGAGAGUGUUUAUGAUUUGUUGGGUUGGGAACACAAGAUGAUUCCGGAUACGGAACAUGAUUUGGGAUUUGAUGUUGAUCCACUUGGUACGUUUAUUUUUCCAUGCUCCUCUUCCAGCCAUUAAUCCAAUCUUUGUGUCAACUUUCUCAAACAAGAAAGCUAAUUUAACUUUUUCGUCGCAAAAGGCUGGAAAGUAAUCCUCUCCCCACGCGUUCCCAAAAUCGCCGCCGAAGCCGUCUCUCCCAUCUACCGUUCCCUGAUCUCCAACCUUCCCUACCUCCCCGAGUCAUACCGUACCCCAGCCGAUUUCGAUUGGGCGCUUCAUCCAGGGGGUGCAACAAUCCUAACCGGCGUUGAAAAAGCUAUGAAUAUCUCACCAGAACACAUGAGAGCUUCAUACGAUACAUACAUGAAACAUGGAAAUUCCUCCAGCGCGACAAUAUUCAGCGUAAUGGAUAGAUUACGCUGUAAAGAUAUGGAUGGCAUUACACCUGGAGGAAGAGGUCCUAAAGAAAUGGUCGUGGGAUGUGCCUUUGGACCCGGUAUCGCAGUUGAAAUGUGUCUAAUGAAGCGGAAUUUAAAUCAUGUUAAAGGAGAGUGGGAUGGCGGGGUACAGAAUAUCGUAGGUGGGGAAGUUACCCCGCCAUUGACAGAAAGUGAAGGGACUAGAAGCGUAAGUGAAGGAGAGAUAGAACCGGAAGACUUGGCAAAAGUAAAAGAGUCGGGGGAUGAGUUGGGUGCAAAAUUACAGAAAGUGGAACCGGCGAUUCUAGAACAAAAUGCGCAGCUUGUAUCGCAGGGAAAGGAAAAUACUCAGCCGGAUAGUUUGGAGGAAGCACUUAAUGGUGUUCAACUUGACUAGAUAUAGACUUAAAAAAAAGAAAAAAAAGGAAAAAGCCAGAGACGAAGAGUUAAAAUAGCGAUGGUAUGUUUAUAAAAAAUAUACAAUUUCGACGAUCCGGGAACGAGCGAUGACAGAAAUAAAGAUAAAUGGAUAAUUAAUUAUUAAUUUUCUAUAAGCAGGCGUUUGCAAUAUGUCAGAUAGAUAUCUUGAAAAAGUUUUCUUAACAGCGCGCGAGUAUUAUGUA